UUAUGAUUUUACAGAAAUGCUUGGAUUGCACCCCGCUUUAUUUAUAUUCCCUUUUCCCCUUGGAGAAAAAUCAGUUUGCAACGUUGGUUUCCACGAUCUACGGCGAGGGCUGACAUCGCGCUGCAGCCGAAACCUCCGGCCUUUCCAUUGCUGCUUUUCCGCCUUGGAAGUUUGACUUUGCGAAUUGCAAAAUGCCCAAAAAUUCCAGAAUUCGUCAUGGAUUGACUUCGCCACGGCAUUUUACGACCCUUUUCUUCUUCUUCCGAGUUCUCUCUCUCUCUUUUUUUUAGUUGUGUUUUUAAAUCUACUCGUAGGCCGCUUUCAGCCAUUCCGGCAGGGUGCAAAACAAUCCGCUUCUUCUUCUUAUAUUAACAUUUCUGCAGGCUUUCUGCCCGCCCCUGCCCGCGAUGCUUGCUUUGAAGCGCUUUGGGCCAUUUUGAGCCGUUUUGGAGAAGCUUGUGCAAGUCGUCGCAAAAAACUGGAAGGGGAAUCAUUGAAUUGCAAUUUUGAAAGGGACCCCCUAGGGUCAUCCAGUCCAACCCCUGACAAUGCAGGCAUCUUUUGCCCACUGUGGGACUUGAACCCACAACCCUGAGAUCAAGCACUUCCUGCUCUACUGACCGAGCUACCCAGCACAGCUGCCCUCGAUUCCGUCAUCACCAUCCAAAUAAACGAUUGCGCGAAUUCUCGUGCGAAUGGAGAACCUGGAGGCUAUCGUGCUGGUGAUCCUAGCCACGCACAACCUGGUGCGCCUCCACCUGCACCGGGGCGGCGUGGCUGCCCGCGCCCGGCGGACGAUGCGCCGCGUGAUGGCCAACCAUGUCUCGCUGCUGCACCAGCUGCUGCCCGACGCGUGUCCGGACAGUGAGGCGCGCCUGGUGGCCGAGGAGCUCCACGCCGGGCCGCACCGCUUCUGGUCCCGCCAGGUCAGCCAGGACUGGUGGGAGCGCGUGGUGCUGGAGACGUGGCAGCCCAGCCAGUGGCUGCAGGGCUUCCGCAUGACCAAGGACACCUUCCUGGCGCUGUGUGAGGAGCUGCGGCCGGAGCUGCAGCGCCAGACCACCACCAUGCGGGCGCCGCUGAGCGUGGAGAAGCGCGUGGGCAUCGCCCUCUGGAAGCUGGCCACCACCGAAUGCUAUCGCUCCGUGGCCGCGCACUUCGGCGUGGGGCGCUCCACCGUCGGAGAGGUCUUCAUCGAAGUGUGCCUGGCCAUCGAGAAGCUGCUCUUCAGGAAGGUGGUGGCCCUCGAGGACCCCAAAGAGGUCAUGGCAGGAUUUGAGGAAAUGGGGUUUCCCAGCUGUGUGGGGGUCAUGGACAGGACCCACAUCCCCAUCAUCUGCACUGUCCCGAAAGGGGACCAACAUCAGCCAAAAGGGGUUCUUCCCUAUGUCAAUGCAAGGCACGGUGGACCACAAGGGCCGCUUCAUUGACAUCGAACUCAGCUGGUGCGGUAAA